AUGGCGUCGAAUCGCCCAGCGGCUUUCAACACCCUCCGGAUGGGAGAAGUUAUCCGUGAGAAGGUACAGGACGGCGUCACAGGAGAGACCAGGGAGAUCCAGUACACCCAAUGCAAGAUUGUCGGCAAUGGCUCUUUUGGUGUCGUCUUUCAGACCAAGCUGUCACCUUCCAAUGAAGAUGCUGCCAUCAAACGUGUUCUCCAGGACAAGCGCUUCAAGAACCGCGAACUUCAAAUCAUGCGGAUCGUUCGCCACCCGAACAUUGUCCAGCUGAAGGCCUUCUACUACUCGAAUGGUGAACGCAAAGAUGAGGUCUACCUCAACCUGGUGCAAGAAUUUGUGCCAGAGACCGUUUACCGAGCAUCAAGGUUCUUCAACAAAAUGAAGACCACUAUGCCGAUCUUGGAAGUCAAGCUCUAUACCUACCAGCUGUUCCGAGCUUUGGCAUAUAUCCAUUCGCAAGGAAUCUGCCAUCGCGAUAUCAAGCCGCAGAACCUUUUGCUUGACCCGACUACCGGUGUACUCAAGCUGUGCGACUUUGGCAGCGCAAAGAUCCUGGUGGAGAAUGAGCCUAAUGUGUCCUAUAUUUGCUCGCGGUAUUACCGGGCUCCUGAAUUGAUCUUCGGUGCUACCAAUUACACAACCAAGAUCGAUGUCUGGUCUACUGGCUGCGUAAUGGCCGAGCUCAUGCUCGGACAGCCUCUCUUCCCUGGAGAGUCUGGCAUCGACCAGCUUGUCGAGAUCAUCAAGUUCCCUCAAAUCAAGCCUCACCCGUUCAAUAAGGUUUUCAAGAAGGCCGACGCUGAUGCUAUCGACCUCAUCGCCCGCCUUCUCGAGUAUACCCCCACCGAGCGUCUAGCCGCGGUCGACGCUAUGGUCCAUCCUUUCUUCGAUGAACUCCGGGACCCCAGCACCAGACUUCCCGACUCGAGGCACAACUCUGGAACCGUCAGGGAUCUGCCACCGCUCUUCGACUUCACCCGUCAUGAGCUAUCCAUCGCCCCGCAGCUCAACCACAAGCUUGUUCCUCCCCACAUGAGGCCGGUUCUUGCGUCGAGAGGACUCGAUAUCGACAACUUCACUCCUAUGAACAAGUCGGACAUGGUGGCGAAAUUAGAUUGA